AUGGCCUCUCGCCGCGGCCACCGGCGAAGCGGCCUCUGGGACAGCCCCCUAGACGCCGACUACGCCGCCUACUACUCCUCCCCUCCGUCCUCCCCCUACGACCCCUACGGCUACACAGCCCACUAUGGCUCCUACGGCGGCGGCGGCAGCAGCAUCAGCGGCGCAAGCACUGCCAGCAGCAAUCACACCAACAACAGCGGCUACUACUUCGCUACCCCUCGCGUCUACAGCAACACCAACACCAACACCAACAGCAGCAGCAGCAAGAUGAACCCGGCCGAAGUCCGUCUGCGCGCACAACAGCUGGCUGCUCCCUCGCCGGAAGACGGCGAGCUGCCAGACAUCCUCAUCUUCAAAUGCCAGAAUGAGUCCUGGAGCUUCGAGUUCCCUGCCUUCUCCGUCGACGAUGGCCGGUUGCACGUCAGCGAUAUACGGCGGUUGGCCGGCCAGACGCUCAAGAUCGCAGACGCCAGCAGGAUAAAGCUGAUGUACAAGGGCCGCCUGAUGAACAACGACGACGCCAGUGCAAAGUCGCAGGGCCUGAAGCAGUUCUCUGAGGUCGUCGCAGUCGUCAUGCCCGGAUAUACAGAGGGAGUGUACGGCGGGAGCAGCAACAUGAUCGACGGCUGGCGGGAGGCUCAAUUGAUCCCCGUCUCGGACAGCGAAGACGAAGACGAAGAGGAGCAGCAGCAGCCACCAUCAUCAUCCCUGCCGCCGCCCCCUCCUCCUCUUCCCUCCCGACCACAACCGCAGUUACGACCGCAGAAAGUCGAAGUCCAAGCCCCAGUCCCAGUCCUAGACGAAGAUGAAUCAGAGGACGAGAGGUACUACUACAAGCCGUCGCCAGUUCGACGCGGCCGCUCGCCACCCAAACAAGCUCGCCAGGAACGACGAAAGUCUGUCCGUCGCGAGCGCAAACCAAGAGACCCCUCGCCCGUCUCUCCUGAUAGAAAGCCCCGACGGAAGUCGAAGCAGCGGCCUUCUCCUGUACAGCCUGUGCAGCAGCAGCCGCAGCCAGUGAGGGAGCCUGCGACACCAAAGGAAACCAUUACCCCCCGGGAAAAGACCCACGCUCGCCAGGCCCGGCCGCCAUCUCCCCCAAGAUAUACAUACAUAUACCCAACUGUACCCCCCUAUCCCUCCCCGCCUCCAACCUAUGACCCUCUGCCAAACAUCUGCCGGGAGCCACGGCCAUACGCUACCUCUCACCCUUCGCCGUCCGUCAGCAGCACAGUCAGCUCGUCGACCUACACCUCAGACUCAACCUCCACAACCUCCGCGUCUACAGCGGCAUCUACUCCUCCCUCCGUCACCACCCCUACAUCCAUACCGUCUUCCAAACCUAAACCCAAACAAAAACCAAAGCCUAACAAGGCAUAUGUUGUGCCUAACCGGCCGCCUACCCCUUGCCCUCCCUUCCUAGCAUCCCACUCUCCUGCUGACAUGCUUGCCAUCUUCGAGAAACAUGUAACAGGCAAGCUGGUACCGCUGUGCACUGAGUUCAUCAUGCAUCCGCCCGCAGAUGUACGGUUAAUAAACAAGGAGCAGCGCAGACUAAACGAGGCAAUGGAGCGGGUCCUUGCCCGAGCAGAUGAAAUCACCGUUGGUUCGUCGCGGCCGUUGAGAGACCGUAGAAAGGCCGCUGUACAGAUGGUUCAACGGUUUCAGACCAGGAUUGAUGCCAUGAUCGUCCCUGAGUAA